AUCACUUCAUAAAUGAAAUUUAUCAGUUUGGGUAACUUCAAAGGAUAGAUAUAUCUACUAGAAGUCUUUAACAACGUCACGAAUUCUGUUUUUCUUAAAUUAUUCACUUUUCUGUGAGGAAAUUUAUUCAAGAUGAGCCAACUAUGGAACCCAGCAAAAUCGGUACUGGAGAACCUACCCGAUGACUUUAAGUCUAAACUAUCAUUGGACACUAAGGCAAUUGCAACACGACAUGUACAUCCUGGAACAGAACCUUUAGUUCCUCCAAUUACGCAUUCAAGCACCUAUUUGAUGACCAGCGUUGAUGACUACUUACGCAUUCUGAAAGAAUCGGGCUAUACAUACGGUCGCCUCGGCACACCAAAUUCAGACGCAGUAGAAUGUGCGAUAAAUGCUCUUGAAGAAGGAGCAGGUACUCUUGUUUUCGGUUCCGGUACGGCAGCCAUUUGUGCUGCUCUGAUUUGCUUCUUGAAAGCUGAAGAUCACGUGGUUUGCCAAAAUCAUUGCUACAGCGCCACCUAUGAUAUGCUUGACGAGAUACUAGCAAAGUUUGGAGUGGAAACUUCAUGGGUUCCUGCCGGUUGCAGUGUUGAAGAAUACAGAAAAAAGAUAAAACCGAACACAAAGUUACUUUAUGGAGAAACACCAUUUAACCCUACGCUAACAAUUCUUGAUUUGCAGGAAUUUGGGCAACUUGGAGCCUCUGAAGGAAUAAUCACUAUUGUUGACGGAACAUUUGCGAGCCCCUUCUGUCAGCAGAGUCUCAAGUUCGGUAUUGACAUAUCAAUGCAUAGCUGUACAAAAUAUUUAGGAGGUCACAGUGACCUUAUGGCUGGUUGCCUCACUUUCAAAAAAGCUGAACACUGGAAAAUGAUGAAGAGAUACCAGAGUACACUGGGAAUGCAGUUGUCUCCGCAUGAUGCCAGUUUGUUACUGCGUGCUAUCAAAACCAUUCAUGUACGUAUGCCACGACAUGCAUCGAACGCGAUGAAAAUAGCAGCGUUCCUUGAAAAACACCCUAAAGUCGAAUUUGCAAGAUUUCCAGGUCUAGAGUCACAUCCACAGCAUGCUUUAGCUAAGAAACAAAUGACGUGUUACAGUGGAAUGAUUGCUGUGGAGAUAAAAGGUGGUAUCGAUUGUGCAAAAGCAUUUGCUGAGAAUUUACAUUUAGCACAAUUAGCGGUAUCUUUGGGCGAUGUCGAAACUCUUGUUGAACAUCCGGCAACAAUGACACAUGGUCCAAUGAUCAUGUCAGACGAAGAGAGAGAAGAAUGCGGAAUAACUCCAGGAAUGGUUAGACUCAGUAUCGGAUUGGAGGAUCCCGAUGAUUUGAUUAGAGAUUUUCAACAGGCGUUAGACAAAGUUAAUGCAUGAUGGUGAGACGUGGACAUGUGUAAUUAGUAUUUCAGAUGAUUUAAAGAAACUUUCGUUGAUUCGCACGUAAGGACAUCAAGCAAAAGUAAAUUAUUUGUUUCAGGAGGUAUUUUGACUCGCACACUUUAUAUCUGUGUGUGUGCAGUUGUCAAAACAUAUCAUAUAAAUUAAAUAUAUACGUUUAUAAUCACUGACCAAAUUCUUUGUUUAUUUUUCUUGAUGUAAGAACAUGGAAAUAAAAAUAACCAGAUGUCAUAAACUGUG